UCCUCCACGCCGCAGUAGCAUCUGACGCAGGACCAUGCUUCGGCAGUGCUUUAGCUUUCUGUACUAUUUCCAUUCGAUCAUGGGAUUAAUUCCUUUCCGAAUCGACGAUCGGCACAGAGUUCGGCGUAGCACGUACAAACGCCGAUGGUCGCUCACGAUCGCUCUUAGUACGGCCGGUUUAGUUUGCUACAGCUUCACCACCGUCACACUGGGAGGAUCGUUUUCGUCCUCCGGGUACGCGGAUUUCGUCCUCAUUCGAUCGCUAGUGCUUGUCGAGUUUUUCAUCCGCUUCUCGAACGCCACUCUCUGUUUCUACCAGAUACUCACGAACGAGGCUGCUCUGCACUGUUACACACAUCGAUUUAUCGCGAUCGUACAGAGCGUGUGGCGCAGCAGCCGAUCCAGUAGCACGGUCCAGUGGAUGGUGUACAUCCUUGUGGGCAAGCUGGUGAUUGUCGAUGUCGGGAUGUGCACUCGGUUUGUGCUGAACUACGGAAUCAACCGUCCGGAACACAGCGUGCACGGAUAUCGGCUAGUGAACAUCUACGUGGUCAUGAUAAGUGCACAGCUCUCGAAUCUUCUGCUGCUGUUGCUGCUCUUCGCUUCGUACACUUUUGGUCGCAUCAACGAUCACCUUGAUCACACUGUGCGCCAGAUGCUUUGCUUCGAAACACAUGGCUCCUAUUGGAAGCGACGAAAAGUUUUGCAGCAACAAAUCUGCUGUGACGCCAGCGAUACAAUCGAUCGGCUCUGCUCGCGGCAUCAGGAGCUAACCGAGAUCGUACAGGCGCUGUUUUCGAUUUUCCAAGCGCCCCUCUUACUCAUCAAUCUAAAUCAGUUCAUUGUGAUCGUCUCUCGCAUUUACUUUGCCUACAUAACACGAGCACAAACCGACAAUGAAUACAUAUCCUAUCAUCGAUCUUCGAACUAUGUGCUGUACCUUUGCUUCGAAGCUGUUCAAUGUUGCCUACUCGCGUUGGGAUCGUCCGCUGUCACCAAACAGGCUCGUUUGUCGGGGAUCACGCUGAACGAAUUCAUCGACGCACCAUUAGACACACGUGCAGAACGAAGCAUUGAGAUGUUUGGACUUGCCAUGUUGGCAACUGAUUUUCGGAUCAAAGUCGCCGGACUGUACGUGUUGGAUCUAGCGUUUCCUGUUUUCGCUUACCACAACUGUCUACAUGCAUCUCAUCGUGCUGAUACAGUUUCAACUAAACGCCCAUUAGCCACUGACUUCCCAGGCGCUGGAAGGUUGCUGGAGUUUGUACUCUGAAAUACGGUAAUUGUUAAAUCAAAUUGUAAUAAAAUCUGACCAACUAUCAACUACUAACUUCAUAAUUAAUAAAUAAAUAAAUAAAUAAAUAUCAAGUACUAAUGCA